AUGAGUUUGCCUAUAAAAAAUACAGACGAGGGGGGAGAGCCACAUCUUGCGGAAACGCAAGAUGGUGGAGAAAGAGACCGUCCGGCCUGGCUGGGCCUCGGGAUGAUGGGCAUAACAUCGCCCUCAGUAUCGCGCUCGAAUAGUCAGCGCAGCACUCGGAGCACUAGAUCCGCUCGAGUGCAUAACAGUGGCUCCGAGUAUGGCUCGGCCGAUGAAUCGUCGGUCGAGCGAUGCGCUCGGACCACGGGUAGAGUGCCGGGAGAGAAGGGGAGGGAGUUUCGCUCCCCCGACCCCCCCGUCGCAAAGAAGCCGGGCCCUGCUUCGAGCAAGGCCCGCAAGAGGAAAGGAAGCGGAGCGUCGGCGGCGUCUUCGGACGCCGACAUGGAGGUCGACGACCCUGAGGGCGACCCGACAACUAAACGCCUCAGGGAGGGCGACGAUUCCGACUCCUCCAUCGCCUUCGGCCAUUCCAUCCUCUCUAUGGGGAUGUUGGAGCGCCGGGGACGAAACAAACCCCGUACCACCGGGGAUUUUGUGGGCCUGGCAAAGGCCAAGGCGGAGAACAUCCGCUUGGAAAGGGAGGAGCUCGCCCUCAAAGCCGAGCGCGAGCUCCUGGAUGACUGGACCGAACCAGCAACGACUCGGUCCAGAAAGAUCCUCUUGGGGGCAGAGGUGAGCGUCGAGGAUGGGUCACAAAAGAUCCUGGACCCGUCCUGUCUCUCUUCAGCUGAUCUUGAGAUGCAGCUGAGGGGGACGAUCGACGCCAUCCACAAGAUCGCCUCCUUCAAGAAGGGCCUUAAGGGCACUUCUGUGAGAAUAUUGAAGGAGGCGGCCAAAGUGGUGGGUGCGGCUGGCAAGGAACUUGCCAGCCGCACCCAGAACGAGGAGAGUCGUCUCCUGAGGGAGGCCAAUAGCCGGCUUACCGGUGAAGUGGCCGAACUCAGGAGGCAACUCGGCGAGCUGAGGGAGAGGGUGACGAACAUGGCGGGAUCGCAGGGCCCCGUGUCACCCUCGUCCCCAACACCGGGCCCCAGCUCCAUGGAGGUGGAUCCCCCCCCGUUACCGCAGCGCGAAAAGCGUCGCGGCCGGGGGGAACCUUUGUCGUCCCCCCCUCCCUCCCCCAGUAUGGAUUCGUCCAAGAGGAGGAGGAGGGGAGAGGACAUUAAUGCGGGGACGCCAGAGAAGGCGUCUGCCGAUCUUUCGGCAAUUCCGGGAGGGGAGGCGCUGAUUAACACGAUCACUGGCCGAUUUAUGGCCAUCAUGGACGCGAGGCUCGCGGUGAUCGAGCAGCGUCUCCCCCCCGACAAUAUCCGGCCCGUACUACAGGCGGAUAGGGAUCGGGCGGCGGUCACCAAGUCGCAAACAUUUGCGCAGGUGGCCGCCGCGGCCCCCAAAGGGGCUAAAGGGAGGAGUGACGGGGGUCGGGGGGUUAAAUCCACCGCGGCCCCACCGCCACCCUCCCCAGCGAAGGGAAAGGGCAGUCAAACCGGGGGGAUACCUGCAAAGGCCCCCCCGGCUAAGACUACCAAGGCCGUCGAGCCCAGACGAGCGGCCGACGGGUCCGAUUGGACCGUCGUCAACCGCUCGGGUGGAAAGGCGGCAAAGGCCAAAGGUGGAGCCGGAGCCACACCCAAGGCCAAGGCCCCCAAGCCCGGUCCCCCCUCUAAACAGGGGGGGAAGACGGGCAAAGGGCCCACAAAGAAGGGCGGGAAAGGUCCUCAAUCGCAGAGGACCAAUCCCGCGAAGCCGCGUAAGAUCCGCCCCCCCAAAACGGCGGCCCCGAAAAAGGCGGCGGGCGGGGGCCUCUUGUUUGAGGUCCCCGGUCCCGAUAGCGGCCCAAAGGCCGACAAAUUGGCCGAGGCGCUAAGGCCCCUGCUGGAGCCUAAGGGGGUGAGGGUCUCCAGGCCGGUCAAGCUCGCAGAACUGCGGGUGGCCGGUUUGGAUGACUCGAUCACCCCCACAGAGGUGCAGCAAUCCAUUGCUGCGGCGGGCGGCUGCUCCGUGGGGGAGGUAAAGGUUGGUAAGAUCAACCUCUCCCCCGCGGGUAGACUCGGGUCCGUGUGGGCCCGAUGUCCCGCAGCCGCCGCCAAGAAGGUGGUCGACGCGGGUCAUCUACCCAUUGGGUGGAUUAGGGCCCGCGUCGAGGCCCUCGAACCCCGGCCCCUGCAGUGCUAUAAGUGCAUGGGGGCGAAUAUUAACCACUCCGCCAGGGCGCAGGAUCUCUUGCUGCAAACGCUGGCGGAGUGGUGUAUAGAUCUGGCGGUGGUGGCCGAACCGUACCACGUCCCAGCAAAAUCCUGUUGGAUCGGCGAUGUGGACGGUUCGGUCACCAUUAUCGGCAGAGGCGGCCAGAACGCCCUCCCCCUAACCCUUAUAGGGAGAGGAGGCGGCCACGUGACCGCCAAAUGGGGGGAGAUUGUCGUGGUGGGGGUGUACUUCUCGCCCAAUCGCGACCUGACCCAGUUUCGGGAGUACUUGGACCAGGUGGCGACGUCGAUACGUCGCCAACUGCCUGGUCCAGUACUUGUCGCGGGGGACCUCAACGCCAAGUCGGUGGAUUGGGGUUCCCCCGCGACCGAUGCCCGGGGUCAGGAACUCGCGGAGUGGGGGGCGGAGCUGGGCCUCGUAGUGCUAAACAGAGGCUCGGCUCACACCUGCGUGCGGCACAAUGGGGGAUCCAUCGUCGAUGUGACGUUUGGAUCCCCGUCAGUCGCGCGCAAGGUGGUCGGCUGGAGGGUAAUGGAGGAGUCGGAGACGCUGUCCGAUCAUCGGUAUAUCCGAUGGGACGUCUCCGACCCUGCCCUUGGAAACCAGCCGCGUCCCCCCGGGCGUGGAGGUGCACCUCCACUCCCCCGCUGGGCGCUUAAGUGCCUGGUUGAGGACGCCUUGAUGGCAGCCGCUUCAGUCAAGGCCCUGGAAGAAAUGCCGGGGCCUGACGCCUGCGACGUCAACGGGGAGGCUACCUGGUUCCGGGAGGCCAUGUCGCAAAUAUGCGAUGUGGCUAUGCCCCGGAUCCGGGCCCUCCCCGAGAAGAAGCGUCAUUCGGAGACCGAAGCGGCGUCGCUGUAUGCAGCCUAUAGAGAGGCAAAGAAGGUGCUGCAGCGAGCCAUCAAGAGGGCCAAAGAUAAGGCCUGGGCAGAGCUCCUGGAGACUCUUAACGAAGAUCCAUGGGGGCGCCCCUACCUGAUUGUCAGAAAAAAACUGAAAUCAGGGGGGCCCCGGAUUACCGAGAGUCUCCACCCCCAGGUCCUGGAGGACGUGGUCGCGGCCCUCUUCCCCAAUAAUGGGGAGAGGGCGGACACGUCUCCGGGACAGUCGGUCCACACGUCAUUGUGGACCGACGAUCUGGGGGUUACAGAGGAGGAGCUGGCUGGGGCAAUACGGAGGCUCCGGGCGAAGAAUACCGCCCCGGGGCCCGAUGGUAUCCCCGGCCGAGCCUGGGUCUUGGCCCUCGGCGUCCUAGGGGACCGGCUAAGGAGGCUGUAUACAGCCUGCCUUAAGUCGGGACAAUUUCCCCCCAUGUGGAAGGAGGCGACUCUCGUCCUCCUACAGAAGGAAGGACGCUCCCCGGAGUCGCCCUCCGCAUAUCGCCCGAUAUGCUUGCUGGACGAGGCGGGCAAAUUAUUCGAGCGGGUGCUCGUUGCCCGCCUCCAAAGGCAUCUGCCCCUCGUGGGUCCCGAUCUGGCCGACUGCCAGUACGGAUUCCGGGAAGGCCGAUCGACAGUGGACGCGAUCCAACGCGUGCGGGCCUUCUCGGAUGAGGCUGUCUCCCGGGGUGGGGUGGCAAUGGCGGUGUCACUUGACAUCGCCAACGCAUUUAACACCCUACCCUGGGGGUGUAUAGGGCGUGCGCUCGAAUACCAUCGAGUGCCGCGCUAUAUGCAGUCGGUCCUUAGGGACUAUUUGAGGGACAGAGCCGUUGCAUAUCGGGCACGGUACGGUGUACCGAUGCGGAGGGCAAUGUACUGCGGGGUUCCACAGGGGUCAGUCUUAGGCCCCAUGUUGUGGAACCUCGGGUACAACAGUGUACUCCGGGGAGCUCUCCUCACGGGUCUGGGUGUCGUCUGCUAUGCGGACGACACCCUCGUUAUGGCCCGUGGGGAGACAUGGGAGGACGUGAGUCGCCUCGCACGAGUCGGGGUGGCACUUGUCGUUGGCCGCAUUCGCGCCUUGGGACUGACGGUGGCGCUUCAUAAGACGGAGGCUGUAUACUUUAAACAGCCUUCGCGGAAGUCGCUGCCGCAGUCCCAUAUAACCGUCGAGGGAGUCAGCAUCGAGCUGCGGUCCAGCAUGAAAUAUCUGGGCCUGCACCUCGAUUGCCACUGGUGUUUCCGGGAGCACUUCAACCGCUUGGCCCCCCGUAUAAAGGCAGCAAUCAACUCCUUCGGGAGUUUGCUGCCUAACAUCGGGGGGCCACGGGACAGGGUGCGCCGUCUCUAUAUGGGGGUGGUAGGAUCCAUGAUCCUGUAUGGAGCCCCCGUGUGGUCCGGAGCUAUAAUGGCCAGCCGAGGCUGCCUUGCAAUAAUGCAAGGCAUGCAGCGGAGGUUGGCCAUCCGGAUCACUAGGGGGUACAGAACCACCCCCACGGAGGCGGCGCUAGCGGUGUCGGGGUCGAUCCCCUGGGAUCUGCUGGCGGAGGCGUACGCUGCCAUGUAUAGGUGGCGUACUACCCUCCGCCAGCGUGGUGUUACCCCGACACCGCGGAUGAAGGAAGCUGCCCGGAACCAGUUCCGACAGCUCGCUCUGGAAAAGUGGAAGGAGAGGCUGGCCCAUGUAAGGGUCGGCCUCAGAGCUGUCGGGGCCAUCCGGUCCUGGAGGACUGGGUGGAUAGGCGGCCGAAAGGACUCCCUUUUAGGACGGUGCAGGUACUCACCGGGCAUGGUUGCUUCGCGCCGUGUCCUCCGCGCCGCGGUCGGAGACGACCUCUCGCUUCCGGCCAUCGUUGAAAAGAUGGUCGGGAGCGAGGACGCCUGGGACGCCAUGGUCUCCUUCUGCGAGGAAGUUAUAUCGCAGAAGGAGGCCGCGGAGAGGGUGAGGGAAAAUGAUCCAGAUGCUCACCCUAUCCGCAGGAGGAAGGGGGGUGCACGGAGGAGGGCCUAUGCCCUCCAGAAUCCGUAG